GCUUGAUAUCAACCAAUCACAGCAUGAAUCGGUGUGUGACGUAUAUCGCCAGGCAACAAAGAAAACAAACGGUCUUAAAUAUUUAUUGAAAACGAGUAUUCCAUCUGAACAGCCGUUUACACAGAAUUAUUGCCCACUGUGAUCUGUGAUAAUGACGGAGACUUCACCACAGCCCAAGUCCAUGGUGCGGGGAAAGAAGUGGAGCGAGGAGGUGGAGGAGGCUUACCGAUUCCAGCUCGCAGGGUACCGUGACGCAGCCGAAUACAAGAUAUUCCACAACACUGACCACGUGGACAGAUGGCCACACAAUGGCUACGUGAAGAAACUGGUCCGGCGAGACGGCUGCUUCUACUACUACAACAAGGACCGUGAAUGUCCUGACAAGGACGUCUCCAAGACAAAGCUCUACCAGUAUUAGACAUGUGGCAAUCUUCAUGAAGGCAUUGUACAAAGCAAAUGCAUUGCCGUCCAUCGUCCGUCCAUCAACCCAUCUGUUUAUGAUGCAUGGUGCUUGAACCAAACCCCACAUGAUGGAACACUUACAUUUCACUCUCAUUGUCAUAAAUGGUGAAAGGUGUGAUUGGUUGUUGGUUUGAUUGACAGAUGUCAUUCAUUCUGUGAUAUGUACAUGUAUGCAUCUUGGUCGCAGGACCUGCAUGUACUGAUCUCAUUGGAGGUGGUUGUGAUGCCGAUUGUGACAUGCUGUUCUUGCUGACGACGUCCAACAAUCCACAUUGUAUAAUAUUUGACUUUUGUUUGUGGUAUGACUGUGAUGUGUUCAAGGGAUGUAGCUGAAAGGAGGUGGUUUUUUUUACGAAUUUCGCUCUAAAGUAAUAAUCUUGUAUUCAGUCUUAUUCAUAUAAAGAUUUCGUGGAAGAAUCAACAGCUUCAGAAGAUGUAAAGAUGUGCAAUUAGCAGAGUGACAGGUGCUGUGUUGUUGUUGUCAAUCAAUUAUCAGUCUGCCAAAAUUCUUAAUACCAAAUCAGUCACUUUAACAGGCAAUCUUUAAAAAAAUGUUUAGUUGCUACUCAAAAUGUCCUUGAAAUAAAAAAAAAAUCAGUUGGAAUAUAAUUCCCUUUUUACCCACCUGUGAUAAAAUGUACAUUCCAAUAAACAUGAGACUGAUGUUAA